AAUUAUAAUAAAAUAUGAUAAUUCACUUCGUGUAUUUAUCGAACUGACAACAGGUCUUAUAGUUCCUGUUAAGACGAACAUCGUCAUUCACCAGCAGAACUCAGCAUCAUUUAUAUUGAGGUCAUUUAAUAACAAUUCCAGCCAAACUGCCAGAUACAGAAAUUGGAAACAAUGCAUCUAAAAUUGAUAACAUCUCUCUUGGUGAUUAGCCUGUGGGCAUGUGCCCCUGCACAUUCCACAUACAAUGCAGUAUUGGACAGAAUUAUGCGUCUAGCAGAAUUCAGGGAUAUGGAGGAGAACCCGGCUUCAUAUAUUGAUGACGACCGUUCAGCCAGCAGGAAGAACUGGUUAAAUUCUCCGUCAGACUCGAAUUUAGAUUUAAGUUACCGUGAUUUCCUUGGUGCAACCAACCAGCGGGAUGAAGAAUACCUUCCUGAAAAUACCCUUUGGGGUUAUCAGUUCAUUUCAGGAGGCUCUGGAGAACAGCAUUUGACACCGCAAGGGAAACAGAAGACUACUAAACAGGAAAUAAAGUCUGAUAAGGAUUUACCAGCUUACUGCAAUCCACCGAACCCUUGUCCAAAAGGAUACACAGAGAGAGAUGGAUGUUUGGAAAAAUUUGAAAAUACUGCUAACAACAACCGAAAAUAUCAAGAGUCUCAGAACUGCCCCUGUGAUGCUGAUCACAUGUUCACCUGCCCUGCCGGCAGUAAAGUGAUCAAUACCAAAAGUCGAAAGGCUACUGCUAGUAUUGGAUCUGGUGUUGCACAUGCCCUUGGAGAUCAAGAAAGCAAUGAGAAACGCCAGUCAGUAGUUGCAAAGAAGUCUCCUUUGCCACUUAGUCCUUACCAGGUGAUGUCUGAUGUCUAAAUUCUAAUGGAAAAGCUUGGUUUGUGGGUUGAGAACCAACUUUUCUCUGUUGAAGAGGACCUUGAUAUAUAAACCAG